GAAUUAAUAGCCUCCACUAAAAUGCAAUGUAAUCCGUCCUCUCUCUUUGAUUAGAUUAUGAAAACAUUUUUUCCGUUUUCUUUAUGCAAAUAAAAUCCGAUUUAUAAAGGCCAUGGCCAGCAGCCCAGCUCCAAACACUCAUUCAAACAUGGCCUCACCAUCUCCCUCUCUAAUGUUUACAGUGCGAAGGUGCCAACCUGAGUUGGUAGCUCCUGCUAUACCCACUCCUAAUGAACUUAAACUACUAUCCGAUAUAGAUGAUCAAGAUUCCCUGCGUUUUCAUGUUCCAGUUUUACUAAUUUAUCAAAACGAACCAUCAAUGGCUGAUAAAGAUCCGGUUGAAGUGAUUCGGAAGGCUUUGGCACAAACACUUGUCUUCUAUUACCCAUUUGCGGGUAGGCUUAGGGAGGGCCCUGGCCGCAAAUUGAUGGUAGAUUGUACCGGAGAGGGUGUGCUUUUCACUGAGGCUGAUGCAGACGUAACAUUUGAUCAGUUUCGAGAUAAUCUUCAACCUCCAAUCCCAUGCCUCGAAGAACUGCUAUAUGAUGUUCCAGGCACCCAAGAAAUUACCAACACUCCCCUUCUACUCGUACAGGUCACAAGACUCAAGUGUGGUGGAUUCAUCUUGGCCAUCCGCUUUAACCACACCAUGAGCGACGCAUCUGGUUUGUCACAAUUCUUGAACGCGUGGGCCGAAAUUGCUCGAGGAGCAACCAAACCUUCCAUUUCACCUCUGUGGCGUAGAGAACUCCUAAUGGCAAGAGAUCCACCUCGCAUCACAUGCAACCAUCGCGAAUACGAGCAAGUCCCAGACACCAACAAAGGAACCUUCUCUUCCAAUGAGGACGACAUGGUUCAUCGAUCAUUCUUCUUCGGACCCGUCGAGAUAGCUGCCCUUCGUCGCUUGAUCCCCGAUCACCUUCAAAAAUGCUCCACAUUCGAUAUCAUCACAGCAUGCUUGUGGCGCUGUCGCACAAAAGCAUUGCAAAUAGAGGCACAUGAGGAUGUUCGCAUGAUGGUCAUCGUCAACGCACGUGCAAGAUUCAACCCUCCGAUGGUACCUGUUGGUUAUUACGGCAACGCUUUUGCAUUUCCGGCAGCAGUCACCACCGCCGGGAAGCUUUGCCAAAACCCGUUUGGGUAUGCUGUGGAGUUGAUAAAUAAAGUGAAAGGUGAGGUGACAGAAGAGUACAUCCAAUCCGCGGCAGAUCUAAUGGUGAUUAAGGGACGAUGCUUAUUUACAACAGUAAGUUCUUUUAUUGUGUCGGAUACAACACGCGGCAAGUUUAGAAACGUGGAUUUUGGAUGGGGUGAUGCUGUGUUUGGUGGACCGGCCAAAGGUGGGAUAGGGGCCUCUUCAGCAGUAACCUAUUUCAUCCCUAUUAAGAAUCCAAAAGGAGAAGAAGGUAUAAUAUUUGUGAUUGGGUUGGAUGCUGAAGCUAUGGAAAGGUUUGUGAAAGAGUUGAAUGACAUGCUUUGGAACCAAAACCAACCUCAAAGGAAUGGUGCUAAAUUUAUCAAGUCUACCUUGUAAUUUCAAAGCUAGAUGUCAUUAUUACUAUGUACGGUUGAAAAUUGAAAAGAAGACAAUGAUGGAAAGAAAAAAAAAAUAUAUGGAGAUAGGUGAGAAGAAGAAAAAAGGGUUCGUAAGUGAGAUGAAAGAAGAAAAAAAAAAGGCAAUUUCUUGGGUGCAAGUUUAUUUUAGAGGGUACCAAAACCUUAUGUGAUUAGGACUACAUAAAUGAUGACAUGUGUUAAUUUUGUGAGAAAUUAUCUUUUUUAAAAAUGUUUUAAUAUUAAUU